AUGGACCCUAACAGAAUGUCAGAAGAAUAUGCGCACUGUUUGAGAACUUUCUUGAGACUCCAGGGAACUAUAGACCUGCAGGAGACAACCUUGGUCAAUCAAGAAGCGAGGUUCAUGACCGAAUCAUGCAGAAGGAUGAAGCAAGCGUUCCAGGGAAUCAUGCAAAAGGAAGUACAACGUUUCAUUAUUGAGAAAGACCAGUCAAAAUCCGAUAAAUUUAUAAUGGGAACGUCACAUUUGGAUUUGGCCAAGAAGAACAAACCAGAGAAGCCCCCGUUUGCCCACCUCAUCAUUGAUGGCAGUAAAAUUCCCGCUGGCACCCACAGAGUGAACCUUACAUCCUGGCAUCAUGACAAGGGCUGGGCGAACGUUUUUAAUAUGACUUUCAGCGAUGGAAAAUUAGUCACCAACCAUGAUGGCUUUUACUAUCUGUAUGCCAGCGUGUGCUUCCGACACCACGAAACGGCAGGGAACCUGACUGGGCGCAUCCUGCAGCUGAUGUUGUACGUGACCAAAACUGAUGCUAAAAAGAGAAACUCGGUGGUCCUUAUGAAAGGUGGAAGCACGAAGAACUGGUCGGGAGACUCAGAAUACCAUUUUUAUUCUGUAAACGUGGGAGGGUUUUUCAAACUGAAGUCUGGCGAGAUAGUGGGGAUCCAGGUAUCCUACCCUUCCUUACUGGAUCACUCUCCUGAAGGUACUUACUUUGGAGCCUUCAAAAUAAGGGAUAUUGAUUGAGGCCAGGCCUGAUUUUUAAGGGAAAUAUAUUUAUUCAACUAGAUUAGGUUAUUGGGAGAUGGGAGGAGCAGCUUCUGGGGUCCAAAUGGUAAAUGAAUGAGAUUUGCUGUAUGGCCUUAUCCCCAACUCAGUGGCAGCCCUACUUACAGCGGUCGGGUUGUUCGGUUCCAGUCCUUGAUUCACAUUGUUUGUUUUUAACUGGUCUGCGGAUCGGGAUCUCAUGUGGAUAUAAAUUGGCAGCAAGUUCAGAACGGCAUCGAUAUAAAAACACUUUAAAAUCCAAAUGCAUUUUGCUUUUGUGCCAUACAGAAAAAUACAGGCUGUGAGAGUUGCAAUGAGAUUAGUUGCAAUUAGGUCCUAUUAAAUCAGUGUGAAAAGCUAAGCUCUAUUAAUUUAAUUAGAAGCUGAAUGUAACUACAUUAGCUGAACCGUCCUGGGCACCUCUGCCCACAGGCCCUGCUGAAUCCAGUGGUGCUUGCUCCCACCCGAGUAUGUACACAGGGCAGUACUCUAACGCUG